AUGGCGGACUCUGAGUCCUCCAGCCUCAAGGGCGGAAGGUCACGACGCGCGUGGACUCUGUCUGCAGAGUCCGAAUCAAUGGAGGCAUCUAGUCGGAGCAAUGGCAGAUCUUCAAAUGACUCCGAACGCCCCAGGACCCAGGCCGGGGAGGCUCCUGAAACCGCAAAGGCUAGCCCGAGCGGUUUCUCCAAGCUCCUCAAGUCGCGUGGUCGACGACGGAAAAAGGAUCAGAGCCAAGAAGACAUUCCACCUGUCCCUGACCUUGUCAUAGAUCAGGAUCUGGAGCAGUUUCCUUCGCAUGAGUCCGGGGCCGGGUCAGCUAUACCUUCAUCGAACAACAGCUCCGCUCCGCCUGAGGCUGAGACCACCAACUUGCUGACCGACGACUCGGAACCGGAGAAAACACCACCUUUAAUCUCCCGUGACUCCCAUACCGGUUUCUACACAUCCUCUUCCCCGCUUAUCAAGACCACAUCGGUGGACUCGCACGGUCGUGAAAAAGACAAUGCCGAAGAUGGAUCAGCAGUUAGCGCUAGCAGCGUAACCGCGUCGUCAGAGUCAAAUGGCGAACCUCCCAAACUGCAAUCGCAACCUAGCCUGAACUUGGAUGUUCCAGUAGAGACCAGUGGAAAGCGUCGAGGUGUUUCUCCCGGGCGGCGACGACUGAAGGAUGCAUUCAGCUCAUCUGAAAAGAAAGGCGCGGGUGACGAUGCUGAUGCAGCAUCGUCCAAGUCGGGGGGCAGCAGGAGAGCAAGUAUAUUCAGCAGCCGUCGAAGCAGCUUGUCCGCCAAACGAGCCCAGGCGGCCCCAGAAGCACCCCCGCCAUUACCCGCACCGAUACAAACAGAUAUACCAAAAGACGAGCCGAAACCGCGAACUUUGGAGGAAAGCCCCAUCCCGAAUACGCCCCCCUCGACGGCCAUUCCAGUUACAGCCCCAGCCACUACAGUGACUCCUCCAACCCCUACGGAACACAAGCCAUUCCAAGCUGGGAUAGUGGGUGGAAACAUCACGGACUCGCCAGAGAGCAUCAAGCCGCGAAGCUCCAUGUCUUCGACGGGAAUUACAACUGUCAGCCCCUCAGGUAACAUGAUCUCACAUCGGAGGGUGCGAUCAGCUUCUGCAGCGCACGGACCGAGCAAGUUAUCAUCUUCAAUAUCAUCUCUUGGCCCAGUACACGAAUUGGCAAAGCCGCCGAAAAGUGCCUCAAGCCAGCAGACAGGCUUCUUUUCGUCCAUGUUUUCCGCCGCGCAGAAUGCUGCUUCUUCCAUAACCAGCAGUCUCAAUGUACAGCAAAGAAACCGAACCGAUGCGCAACCGUCGCCCAGUGAUCUCGAUCCACCUACUUUGGAAGGCGACUCGGAAGACUCAGUGCAUCCCUCAAACACAUCGGGUGAAGCUAGUAAGCCUUCUACCGUUGAGACGAUGGGCUCUGGCGAUCUCAACUUCAGUCAUCUGGAUCUCGAUGUCCCAUCGGGCGAAGUACUGUCCAGCAACGAUAGGGCUGUCGUUACCGAUCCAGAGACUCCUGACAGGCGCCGGAAUAAUGCAGUACGUCGACGAGACGAAGAGGCUGCAAAGCUAGAGGAUGUACACGCGGUACGGGCAGUUAAUAUGGCCUAUGAGAAAGCAUCCGAGAAGGGUGCGCUUGGUUCACCGGGCGACGAAGUUUUUGAAAAUCAAUCCUUUGCAUCGCUCCCAAGAGACGGUGUCUUGACGGGUGACCAUACUCCUCCCACCGGCAGUGUCAUUGACAGUGACGUGGGUAGCGGUACUAGGCGCACUGGAAGUGUGCGGAGUCGACUUUCUCGCCGACACCGGGGCAUAUCAGGCGCAACAACUUCGACCAUCGGUGCCAUUGGUGCAAACGCCCUCGCUGUUGGUGGUCCCACAGGGAUCAAUUCUAGUGUACCGCGGCUUACUGGGUUCGCUGUUGCAAGCAAAAAGCGCAAUCGCGAUUUCCAUUCACUUUUCCGAAGCGUUCCUGAGGACGACUACCUCAUUGAGGAUUAUAGUAGUGCCCUCCAACGUGAAAUCAUCCUUGCUGGUCGCCUCUACAUCUCUGAAGGUCACAUCUGUUUCUCCAGCAAUAUUCUUGGAUGGGUUACUACUCUGGUUAUUAGCUUUGAUGAGGUGGUUGCCAUUGAAAAGGAAAACACCGCCAUGGUUUUCCCAAAUGCCAUCGGAAUCCAAACGCUGCACGCCCGCCACACAUUCAGAAGUUUGCUUAGCCGUGAAUCUACGUAUGACCUGAUGGUCAACAUCUGGAAGAUCAAUCACCCCUCUCUCAAGAGCUCCGUCAAUGGAACGAGAGUGACGAGCGGCACUGGGGAUAAGACUGAGAAGGUCGGUGACGGCGAGGAAGAAUCUGCCACCGAUGUCUCUGAUGAAGAUGAGAUCUACGAUGAAGAUGAAGAGGGAGACAAUGCCGAUAGCUUCUUCGAUGCCGGCGCUAGUGCCAACGCUAGCGAUCGAUCCUUGCCGGGAAGGGCUGGCUUAACUCGGCAACCAUCGGGCCUAUCCGGGACAGGCACUGUAGCAGCUGGGCAAGCCUCCGGUAAUGACGCUAAGAAUGGCAAUAAGAAGGGCGCAGGUGAAGAGGAUUUCCCGGGUCCAUCUACCCACGCACCGUCCGAGUACACAGACCCUGAUGGGCAAUACGAAAAGGUCAUAAAAGACGAAGUCAUUCCUGCACCCCUUGGAAAGGUCUAUUCUUUCGUUUUCGGCCCGGCCUCCGGCGAGUUCAUGACCAAAUUCUUGGUGGACAACCAAAAAUCGGGAGAAUUGCAGUUCGAGGGGACGACUAAGGGACUUACCACAGAGAGCCCAACUCGCAAAUACUCCUACAUCAAGCCUCUGCCAGGCUCAAUUGGCCCAAGGCAGACCAAAUGUAUCAGCACAGAAAACUUGGAUUUCUUGGACUUGGAGAAAGCGGUUCUCGUGACCCUUACUACUCAAACCCCCGAUGUGCCGAGUGGAAACGUAUUCUGUGUCAAAACAAAGUAUCUUUUCACAUGGGCUACCAACAACCAAACUCGCUUCUUGAUGACCUGUUCGAUCGAAUGGAGUGGCAAGAGUUGGUUGAAAGGCCCCAUUGAAAAAGGUGCUAUUGAUGGUCAAGGAACUUUCGGUACUGACCUCGUCAAAGCCUUGAAGGCAGGCGUCACCCCGCGUGAACGUGCCACUGGUGGUGGAGGCGGUCGCAGCAAGGGGCGUCGCAAGAAGGGCGAUGCGGAGAUUCGUGAGCCCUCAAACGAUGCGGCUAACAAGGGAGCUGCAGAGGCUAGCACAGCCAAUGCUGAGUCCUGGGGUCUGUUCGAGCCCGUCCGGCCUAUUUUGGAACCUGUCACGAGCAUGGUCAAACCCUUUUGGAGCAAUAACAUCGCCGUCUUGAUUGUUGGCUUGCUCCUAUACUUGACUUUCUUCCGGUCGCCAUCCACUCCAACCAUGCUACCGUCCGACGUCGGCUGUUCCAGCUUAAGUCUCCCUCAACGCCUAGCUGCCUACGAGGAAAUGUGGAGACUUGAGGAGAACGAACUCUGGAACUGGCUGGAAGAACGAACCGGUAUGGAUGGCAUGGUCUUCCCUUCCCUCCACCAAAGGACAGCACAACAGCAUCGUCAAUCUUCGCGGGUCAACGCUGCUGACCAACGCGAUUUCGUUGCGAGACUCCGCGAGGAAAAGGUGUCCGAUCGUGAAAUGAGUCACGCUAUUCGGACCACCCGACAGCGACUUGAUAUCCUCGAAGAGAUGAUGAACGGUCGCCGAGUGGAUGAUGCUCCCGACGAGCCUGCUCGUUCUGAGCUUUGA